CAAUCCCCAUCACAAGUGCCUCACAUGUCUCCACCAAGAGGAAGUGACGGGUGGAGGGGAAGUGGGAUUGGUAACUUGGUUUUUACGUCGAAUGUUUCCUGGGGAACUUUGGGAACCAGAGGGGCUGCCUUUUGACUGGUUCUGUAGUAAUUUGCCAGAACGGUUGUGUUUUGUUGAGGUGACUAAUGGGUCCCCAAGGAUCAAUGCUUAACUCACUCUCCCCACAUGAUGGUCUCGACUCUUGACAACUCCCACUUGGGUGAAGCCAGGGCCAAUCAUCUGACAAAAACUUGAUGACUAAGUGGUGGCUGGGGCUGAGGUCCCUGAGUCAGGUUGUGGGGCUGGGUUAGCUUAGUUACAGGAAGUUAAGACUUUCAUUUCCUCCUUUUCCAAAAGGAGGCAGGGGAUAGGGUAGACUGGGUACGCAGCCCAUACACUACCAAGAGCUCCGGAGGCUCCGCCAUGAAGUUUGCUUUGCUUUUCCUGGGGGCUGUGCUGGGACUAGCAGCCCAGGGGACUGGGAAUGACUGCCCUCGUAAGAAAUCGGCCACUCUGGUACCAUCCUUCACGGUGACACCUACUGCUACGGAAAGCACAACAAGCCAUGGGACCACCAGCCACAGAACUACCAAGAGCCACAGCACCACCACCACAGGCACCAGCCAUGGACCCACAACAACCACUCACAAUCCUGUCACCACGACAAGCCUUAGAAAUACCACGGUUCAUCCAACAAGCAACAGCACUGCCACCAGCCCAGGACCCUUCACCAGCAACAGCACUGCCACCAGCCCAGGACCCUUCACCAGCAACAGCACUGCCACCAGCCCAGGACCCUUCACCAGCAACAGCACUGCCACCAGCCCAGGACCCUUCACCAGUUCCCCCCACCCAGGACCACCUCCACCCUCUCCCAGUCCCAGCCCAGGCUCCAAGGCAGCUGUAGGAGACUACAUUUGGACUAAUGGCUCCCUGCCCUGUGUCCAUCUCCAAGCCCAGAUUCAGAUUCGAAUUCUGUACCCAACCCAAGGUGGAAGAAAGGCCUGGGGCAUCUCUGUACUGAACCCUAACAAAACCUCGCCCCAGGGAGGCUGUGAGGGUGCCCAUCCCCACCUGCUUCUUUCAUUCCCCUAUGGACAGCUCAUCUUUGGAUUCAAGCAGGAACCACUGCAGAGCACUGUCUACCUGAACUCUGUGGCUAUGGAGUACAAUGUGUCCUUCCCGCAAGCAACGCAAUGGACAUUCUCAGUUCAAAAUUCAUCCCUUCGAGAACUCCAAGCCCCGUUGGGCCAGAGCUUCAGCUGCAGAAAUGCAAGCAUCAUCCUUUCACCUGCUGUCCACCUCGACCUGCUCUUCCUGAAGCUACAAGCUACUCACCUACCCUCUACAGGAGCCUUUGGACCAAGUUUUUCUUGCCCCAAUGACCAAUCCACGUGGCUGCCUCUUAUCAUCGGCCUGAUCGCCCUCGGCCUCCUCGCCUUGGUGCUUGUUAUCCUUUGCAUCUCUCGGAGACGUCCACCCGCCUACCAGCCCCUCUGAACCACUCAGCUGCCUCCGAGACAAAGUUAUCUUCCUUCCCUCUGUCUUGAAGAACAAAAUCAAAGAUAAUGCAACUGGGAAAACUGAAGGGAGGUGUUUUUAUUAAGUAUGACAUUCCCUCUCUCCCUUCCCCAAUGGGAGAAUAAUAAAGCCUACUCAAAUCU